AUGCAAACUAGUUCAGAAGAGUCAAUGAUAAUUGAUCCAGAUUUUAUUCCAAAAGAAACUACUAGCGAUGAGGUUGAAACCGAAAAAUCUGCUAUGGUGGUUGAUAAUAAUAUUAGUGAAUGUAAUAAACCAAAAUUUAGACCUGCUAAAAGACAUGAAUUAAGAAGUUCUACACAAUUUCGUGAAAUUCCCGUUCCGCGGCACCGUUUUUCUCCGUUGAUAAAAGAAUGGAAAAAAAUUUAUGAACCUCUUGUAAAACAUUUGAAUUUGCAAGUUAGAAUGAAUCUUAAAGCAAAACGCGUCGAAUUAAGGACAUCUAAAUAUACAACGGAUUUAGGAUCAAUUCAAAAGGCUGCAGAUUUUGUUAAAGCUUUCAUGUUAGGAUUUAACGUUGACGAUGCGAUUGCCAUAUUACGUGUAGAUGAUCUUUAUAUUGAUUCUUUUGAUAUUAAAGAUGUUAAAACACUGGAAGGUGAUCACCUAUCUCGUGCUAUAGGUCGCAUUGCUGGUAAAAAUGGAAAAGUAAAAUUUGCUAUCGAAAACGCAUCAAAAACUAGAGUCGUCUUGGCUGAUACUCCACCUGGUAAAGUGAAUGCAAAUUUGGCAAUUGUUUCUUCUAGAAUGAAGCAAAGAUUUUAA